AAUGGCUAAUCAACAAUGACAGGGAAUGAUGGUUGAAUUUGCAAAGAAUUUGGCCAAUUUUGCAGCAUCCACUGGGAAGAAGCAUGUUAUUAUUCUUUCUAGCUUAGACUCAGGGAAACGGCAAAAACUUGAUAUGUUAAGCGAAAUGCAGAUUUAUUACCUUUCAACCGUCAAUAGCGAUGGAACAGAUAAUGAUUGUGAAAGGAUAGGAUGGAAAAAGCUGCAAGAGUACAAUCCUCUUCAAAGGAGCUGGAAGUAUCUUGAUGAUUUAGCGAAAGGAGAAUCUUUGUUAGAGGAUAAUUUGUCUAUCGAGGAUGAACUGGGAGAUGAGGACUAUUUCCCCAGUUUGCCUUUUUCUGCAAUAUUCUCUUGCUGCAAGGUUUUGUUUUGUUUUUAUUAUAAGUUCAUUGCUAGGUAUUGUUUUGAAGUCCAACAAUGUUAAACUAUAAUGUAGCAGUGUAGUCAUUGAACUACAACAUAGUAGGGUCAGCAUGUGAUGUGAUCCUUGCGGGGGGUGAUUCAGCACUAGCUGCUAGUG